AGUCGUCUCGGAGGGCGUGAGGUCUCAACCGUAAAAGUCGAGAGGGCUGAAGCUAAGCUCAGGCAGUACGAAGUGGGGGCUUCGCAGGAAGUGGGCGUUGGAGCUCUCCCUAUCGCGACCUAUGGCAUUAUAUACAUACCAGUGUUAGGGGAAGAGGCAUCGUGUCAGGCCCCAGUAUCCAAAGUAGAAUAGAGCUGGAUCCGAUGAUGUGAAAUCGGCCGUAUCAAGCCCGGACAUGUCGCAGGCAAUGCACCACGGUCGUCAUCGAUUCUCAGAUUGCAUCUACACGAGGCGGAAUCUGUGGAAAGCCAAAUCAGCGGCUCAAAAGGGCUGAAAUUAUUGUGUUCCUCAGACCACCGUGCACAUAUUACAACGGGAUGACCUGUUCUAAAGUAUUGCUUACGCAGGCGCCAGAGGGCAAGGGGAGAGUUAUGAGAGAUGCACUGUCCCCAACGUUGUGCUGAAACGAAGGCGAUGUCCCAUUCGGGACGAGUAUGCAUGGAGGGAGGUACGGCGAUUGACACCAAGAUCCUUACCAGAAGCAUACAGCUACAGCCUGGUGUCGAGGGUAUGGCGGAAUGGACUACCAGGCCGUGCAGAGGAGAACAAAAGGAAAGAGCCAGACAGCGCAAGGAACAAGCGGAGGAUGCUUUUCGAGCUUCGAUGGUCGUAUGUUGGAAGCGGCUAAGCGAAUAUGAUGUAAAUCGAGGAACAAUGGAGGACGCGACAUUUGACACAGAUGGCAUGCUAGAGAUGGGGAUUUCGUUCAGUAUCCUCGGCCAGCGCGGUGAUGGAAUCACGUUAUCAAAAUGAUACUCAAGUCUCGUAC